AUUACUCAAUCGAUGUCCUAAUCUUCAUACCCUGAGAGGUUGGGAUUAUUCGAAAUGGCUAAAAGUAGCAAGUUGCUCUUGGCUCUGGAUGCCCAUAAGGGUCGUGAUUAUGAAAAGGAGCGCCAGAAAAAGCUAGCCAAGGCGGCAGAGAAGAGGAAGGGAAAGAAAGCGGUGGAAGCAAAAGACGUUGAUGUUGAAGAAGAGCAGGUGGACGAUAACCAAGACAAAAAUGAAGCCGUUGAGGAAAUAGAAGAGGACCAGAACGACGUGGAGGAAGAAGAAGAGGGUGAUGAAGAAGAGGAAGAAGAAGAUAUCCCACUCUCCGACCUCUCUGGCGACGAACGCGCAGACGUAAUCCCGCAUCAACGUCUAACAAUCAACAACAGCGCCGCUAUCAACACCUCCAUCAAACGUAUCUCAUUCAUAACCGGCCAAACCGCCUUUUCAGAACACAACUCGCUAGUCUCCAAUGAACCCCUGGACGUGCCCGACCCCAAUGAUGAUCUCACCCGUGAACUGGCUUUUUACAAAGUCUGCCAGGCAGCUGCCAUCGACGCGCGGCGGUUGCUCAAAAAGGAAGGAGUGCCGUUCACGCGGCCUACGGAUUAUUUUGCCGAAAUGAUCAAGACGGAUGAGCAUAUGACGAAGAUUAAGAAGAAGCUGUAUGAUGAGGCGGCCGCGAAAAAGGCGUCGGCGGAUGCUCGACGACAGCGAGAUUUGAAGAAGUUUGGGAAACAGGUCCAGGUUGCGAAGCUGCAGCAGCGCCAGAAGGAGAAGAAGGAGACGUUGGAGAAAAUUAAUAGUUUGAAGAGAAAACGCAAAACCGAUCAAUCAGCAACCACGAAUGAUGAAGACCUCUUCGAUAUCGCUGUCGAUAACGCCACCUCUAAGCCCGACAAAGGGAGCGGCGGGGCCUCCUCCAAACGACAAAAGAAGAACGAAAAGUACGGGUUCGGUGGUAAGAAACGGUUCGCCAAGUCCGGUGACGCCAUGUCAUCGUCUGAUUUGCGCGGGUUCUCAGUUAAGAAAAUGAAGACUGGAGGGAAGAAAUCGGGUGGAGCGGCCAAAAGGCCUGGGAAGAAUAGGAGGAAGGCGAUGCAGUAAUGAUUUCAUGUUUGUGGAAUGAAUCAUUUUAUUUUUUUUUACUAAAAGAACGUCUUUGAAAUCAGGCGUCGGGUGUUUUCUAGGUGUACAGUACAUAGUCUAUACCUAUCUUUC